AUGAAUGACGAAAAUUCGUUUUGUUAUCGUUCAGUUCAUAAAAAAUUACUUGAUGAUAUUGAUAUCGUUGUUAAUUAUUAUGAAAAUGAUAUAUCAAUUUUGAUUCAAUGGACAUUUUCGAAACCGGAUGUUCAAAAGUGGUUGUUUAAUUAUGUUGAUGAAGAAAAAACGUUAGAUAUGAAUACACCAUUAUUAUUUUAUAUUUGUCAAUCAUCCACAUCAUCAAAUAUGGCAUUUCAUAAGAAUUUUCUCUAUUUAGAUAAUUCAUUAUUUCACAUACUCUUCUCAUAUUUAAUUGACUCAAAAAAAAAUAGCACUAAUAAUCGUAUUAUACUUGUUUGUCUUCCAGAUGGAAGAAUAUUAGCCUUGCCUGAGUAUCCAAUUAACCAAACACAUCAUGAUUAUUAUAUGUGGCAUCAAUUUCCAUUGUCAAGUCAAUGCAUAACUAUUACCGGUAUAUUAUAUUAUGCAAAUUUAUUAGAUGCUGUCCUAUCAACAACAAACAGCACAUCAGAUCUUCCUCUUGAUACACCAGUUAAUCAUCUUGUUUGUUGUGAAAAAAAUGGUUCAAUGGUGAUAUUUGCUUGUAAUUUUGUUCGACGUGUAUUAUUAGAUCGAUCUAUUUCUCAUGCAUGUACAUACAAAGAACAUCUCGUUUAUAUUACAGAAAAUGAUAUAAGAUAUGUGUCCUAUGGAGAAUUAUUGAAACCAAGUAAUGAUGAUGUGAUGAAAGCUUGUAAAACAUUAAAAAUAGGAAAAUAUAAUCAAGUUCGAGUAGACGGUCAAGAUUUGAUUGUUCGUUGUCGUAAUGGACGAUUUGAACGUCUAACAGACUUCAUAUCAUCUUCGACCAAUCUUCAUGAUUCAGUUUGUUCUAUUAAUUAUUCAAAUGAUGAAUUAUUAAAGCAGAUUGGUCAUUUAUUAAAGAAACUUGCUUGUCUCGUGACAACAAUAGCUGAUUUACAGACAAAUUUUACUCUAUUAGAACGUUCAUUAAAUAAAAUUCAAGAUUUUUUUAAAAAAUUAAAUGUUAACACAUGUCUACAAUUAAAAAGUGUUACAACAAAUUCCAAAGAGAAUUAUGAUAAUAUUAUGUAUCAUUAUGUUGAAUUUCAAUUAUCCAUGACUGAUCGUCAAUCUAAACUUCAACCAAAUGAUUUAAUGUUACUUUUAAUAUGUCGAUUAUCAAAUACACAUGUACAUCUAUGUCAAACAAUGGUAACCAGUUUUUCAUCAAUUAAAUGUUCAAUUCCAACAGUUACAUGCCUAUGUCAACCAAUUUUAAUGUUAAAACCAUCUAUUGUAUACGGACAUAAAUUCAUGGAUAAAAUUACAUUAUGUCAGAUACUUAAACCAAUAUUAUUAUUUCCAAAUGAAAAAAUAACUCAGACAUCAUCACUUAUGACCAAUAUAUCAACUUUAUCGUUUAGUACGAAAAUAGAAAAGUAUUUUCAACGACAUUUCAAUAAUAAAUUUAAAUAUUCAAAUGAAAAUCAAAUAAUAACAAAACAUAAAAUUGAAUUAAUUAUGAAAAAUGAAUCAGCAAUAAAUUUUAAAAAAUCUCAUGUUCAAUUACCCAAACGUAUCAUCAUUUGUGGAACGAUCAUUGAACUCGAAUGCCAUUACGAAGACAACAAAACAGAAAUAGAAAAUACUAUGGUUGAUACGUCAGCAUAUCGAAUAUUAUUGUCUUGUUCUUCUCUGCAUCGAUUUUUAAUUUAUUUUUCUUCUUUAACUGAAAUAUUAUCAGCAAAUAAUAAUAUUUCACAAAAAUACCAUGUUAAAAAUGUUGAUGUUUUACCAGUAGAAUCAUUGCUCAAGGAUGCACAUAAUUAUUUAUUGACAACGUCUCUUAGUUCAAGUCAAAAAUUGUCAGAUACAUUGUCAGAUACAUUGAUAUUAAAUUUGUUACAAAUCAGAAUCUAUUUUGCACUCAUUCGUCUUGGCUCGAAUUUUACGGUAAAAAUGUUCUAA